AUGCUCGUCGGCGACAGCCUCGACUUGACAGCGGGGACGCCCAAUGACCUAGCGACCCCCUCACCCAUGGCUCUGCCCCUACCACCUCAAGCCUCGCCCUCGCCCUCGCCCUCAUCCUACCCAGACCCUCCCUCUCCCCCGCCUCUGUCUCUCACGCUUCUACCACCCCAGCCACCGAUGCUCGACCUGACCCACGACGAUGUCACCGACGACGACGACAAGACCAUCUCUGGGCCAGUGACCCCCGUCGAAAGCCCCCACAAGCCAGCUCCCCCGAGUCCUCCAGAAUGCAAGACGCCCCAGCAUCCCGCAACGCCUCGUCCCGUCAUCAGCACACCGCCGCCUCCGCCGCCGCGCACCCCUCCUGCGCCCCAGUUCCACCGGCCCCCACGUCCGCGCGACGUCUCCGAGCCACUACGCGAGCUGACCGCACCCUUACCGCCCACCCCGCCGUCCAAGCGUGACCUCGUCCUCGCCCGCCUGGCAAACCCCGACCGCACACCGGCCCAAGAGCGCAACUACUACUUUUUCAUCGGGCGUACCUGCUGCCCGCCCUUUCUCUUUUCCAAACGGCAGCCGUGGAUCGCGCCGCUCGAGAACGGGCGGUGGGCGUGGACCGGCAAGGUGGACGAGGUGGGGUACAUGCGUGAAGUGGGCGAGGGAUCGGGUACACUUGGAGUCGAGGGGAGUGGGCUGAUGGGUGUGCUUGACGGUGUGGAGGGUCCCGAUGGAGUCAAGGGCCGCUGGGUCAUGAACGACCAAGCCGGGUUGGUGUGGGUGGCCAAGGGCACGAGCCGGGACAAGACCGUCAAGGCGGCGGCGAGGAAGCGCAAGGCUGACAAGUACGAUGACGAUGACGACGAUGACAUGGACGGCCACGAGUGCACGUGUAAGCGGCAGCGGCCCGACGGUGCACCCGUCAACGGCAAGAACCCGAGCAACGACGUGCCCCGCAGCGCGCCACACGAGAAGCCAUUUGUCCAGCCCACAUUCGGCAACUCGCGAGGCUGGACAACAGCGCAAGAGCGUGCGCUCUGGCGCAUGCAGCUCAUUUACGGCGAGGGUAAGAACUGGCCCGCGGUGGUUCAUGCUGUAGGGCAGGCGGGGCACGCAAAGACCCAGCAGGAAUGUUCCAAAAAGUGGACACGUAUCAAGCACAGCGUGUUUGGAGCAGCCAAGUUGUGA